AUGGCCCAGCAAAAUAUGAAAGUGCGGCCUGUGCUUCUAAAGCGUAACAGCCUAGAGUCAGUGGAGUUUGUGAAGCAACCCCACCACCGCAGGAGCAAAUCUCAACAGGUUCGAUUCAAGGAAGAUGGGACCAGUAAGACUCCACCUGGCCUAGCUGAAGCUGAUGUCCAGACUUCUGAGGAUCCAGGUGCAAUGGGCAAGACUCAAGCCUCCAGGCACCAUCACCUUCCCACCUACUCACUCUCCUUCCCCAGGUCCCAGAAGGCAGGGGGCUUUCGGAACAUUGCGAUCCAAACCUCCCCCAGUCUCAGGAAGCAUUUCCCAGUUUUCAAAAGGAAGAGACUCACAGCCAGCAAGUCCCUGGUAGAAAUGCCAACAGCAUCCCAAAGUGCCAUCCAAGUCAACGGCAACCUCUCUGAACAGGACAUUGUGUCCUCUGACCUUGCCUACUUAAGAUUGGCUCAGCAUCUUGAGGAUGGGCCUCGAAGGGUCAAAGUGUCUCAUCCAUUUCCUCCUAGAAUGUCCAAGGUGCAAAGCAAUGGGCCUAUUAGCAUAUGCUUGGAAGCAGGGGCUUGGAGGGCCUCAGAGAAAGCAACUGCUGCCAUUCAGGUCCCCGAUGAUAUUUACCACAGUCCUACCUGGGCAGCUAGAAAGUCCACUUUCAGCCCAGACAGGUCAGGUGAUAUAAGCAACUCCAUACAUCCUUUGGUUGACAUAUGUCCAGGUGAUGGGAGAACAGUGCCACUAUCAGAUUCAGAAAGAUCCCCUUCCUGCUUAAAUGCCACCAGCGAUGCCAGCCACAUGCCAGGCACAGGGAAACUUAAACCCGAAUUGCUUUUGCCCAAAGACAACUCUGAUGACAAAGACCUUGGACCAUUGUCAUCUCGGUCAAAGGAAACAUGUGUUCCCUCACCUCCACGGACUCACGGCUCCCCCUCACCAGGCUCCCACAGCCAGCCAGCCCAUCUGGGAGGGGCUUCAGACUAUUCUUCAUCGAGCAUCAAUCACCAGGAUCUGCUGUCACUCAAAACUAACAGUGUGUCAAAAUCUGUCCCCAUGUGUCAGGAGCAGAUGGCAAAGAACCCCACUCAGUCAGACACCCAGGACUUUCAAAAUUGUUCAGGAAACAGUCACCUCCCAGCUCCUCUUCCAAGGAGGGAGACCACACUGCAGAGCAGCAGAGAGACUGGUGGGAUUAAUCCAAUUCACCUGGCACGGGGGGAGCUCUGUGAUCUCCAAGGCAGGCUGCAGUCCGUGGAGGAAUCUCUGCAUUCGAACCAAGAGAAAAUUAAAGUCCUUUUGAAUGUAAUCCAAGACUUGGAGAAAGCUCGAGCUCUCACAGAAGGGCGCAACUUUUAUCGAACUGGCCAAGAUCUCAACAACUGCAGUACCUGCCAGAAUACAGCGUGCAUCAUAUACAGUGUAGAAUAUGAUUUUCGACAGCAGGAAGGCAGGUUCCAUGAAGUUCUACAGAGUCUGGAGGAAGCAGAACCAGUUGAGGAGGCAUCUCCCCCACCAAAGUCCCCAGCAGAGCCUCCAGUCCCUGAGAAACAGGACUUAAGGAGGAAAACCAAGAAAGUGAAGAAGAAAUGCUUCUGGUGGAUCUGAGCUUGUUGGGUCCAUUCCCUUUGCCCUCCCCAAGUACCUCCCCAAGGUGGGGAAACCACUGCCCUCAGGCCUUCUCUACUUCUUAGCACAGGCCCCAGGUGGUGAGCCAUUCAACUUGCAAAAUGGGAAAGACUCGGGCUGGUUUAGCUGCUGCUGGACACCUGACCACUAAUCUCACCUAAAUGAGUGACACUUGCUGAGGACUUUAUGGAUACUAGAGUGACCACUUGCCUAGUUCCCUGUCACACAUGACCAGUUCACAUCCUUGUUUGAGAGCCUAGGUUCCUACCAUGGGCAAAAACCCCAUCACAUCUUCUAAAACCUCCAUGAUGCUAAACACUCCCUUCCCAUCCUGAGUUCAUCAUCCCAAAAGAAAAAAAAAAAUGUUGCGCACAACAGGAAAAU